AUGGCGUCACAACCAUCCGGUCCCCGGAGCUCGUCAGGUUCUGCCCAGUCUCAUGCGUCGCGGAGUGGAGUGCCCGGAAAACAAAUAUCACAAAUCGAAGCAAGUGUCACACAUCUCCUAGUCGCAACGAAACAACUGCUCGAGACCUUGACCCAGUGGUCGCGACGAUCCGCUACCGAAAACGAGGUAUCCGAUGUUUAUGUACGCUUGGGGUAUGAAUUCAACUUGGCUUGUCGCGCGUUUGGUGCCAUUGGUGUGGACACUUCAGAUCUCGGCCCUGUUCCUGAUUUACUGCGGACGAUACUGGAAGAUACCUUGAGUCAGGAUGCGUCGCCUCAGAGCCUGGAUAGAUACUUGCCACGCAUACGUGAUAUUAUAAUAAACCUUUUGCACGGCUUGAAAAAGAAACAAGCUCGAUUACGCUCGCGACAAACUCGAGAAGGGCUGCCACCGAGACAGAUCAGUUUUGGUAGUAUAGCCGGCAGCGAGGCUGGCCCGUCACAAUCUGAUGAAGCCACACCUUCGUCGCCGCAAAAGCGACCCUCUUCGGCCCGCCGUUAUGGAAGCAGUGGCUCAUUAGAUGAUCAACCGCCAAUGCCGCGUGAUAACGCAGCCGGGGGCGUUCCUGAUCGGGAAGUGACACGAAGAGAUGCCGACAGAACGUUGACCUCGCCUACUUCGACUCCAUCCCCGUCAGCAUCAGCACUUCAAGGACAACCCUCACAAACCGAUAAAUCUACAACCCCGCCGUACUCAACUCCCCCGCCACCUCCUCCACCACCCCCGCCGAAACAAGAUGAUGCAUUGGGAGCUUUGCAGAGAAGCGGCGAACUGGAGCGACGUGCCUCACGCAGAUUCUCGGCUUACCAAAUACAGAAGCAUCUCGGAACAUCCUCCAACGGCGUACCUGUACUACCAACUCAAACAACCCCUAUACCCAAUAGAGGCCGAGAUGUGAGAGAAUCGUUGAGCGCUGUCCGGUUACGGGGUUCGUAUCAUGGUCGGCAAAAAUCAGCAAACCGCCAGGAGUCAUCACCGAAUAGAACAUAUCAGCGUUCUACAUCGGCCAUUCCUGAAGAUGGCGAACCAAGUCGACCGAAGCCGCAAGUCGUUCCCGUUACUGAGUUACCCGCCGGAGACGACAGUCCCAUGUCCAAAACUCCAACAGACAAGCUUCGCUCUGCGGUAGAAAUAGAUGGUCCCGAUAUUUCUACUGCCGAUGGUUCAAUCCUAUUUCCUCAACCUGGUCACGGCCUUCCUCCCGUUAAUGACAUUGAACCCACGAAGACUCAGCCCAUCGAUGUGGUCCCUAGGACUCCCAAGGCUCAAGAACCUCCCAUCACGCUUGGCACUCCCCCUCAAGUCCAGCAGUUUAUACCAGAACAGUCUCCAUCUCCAGGCAAGGAACUCACCUUGUUCUUGCAAUAUAAGAGUAAAAUCAAGAAAUAUGUCAUUCCCGAAGGAUCUACAGGUCUUACAAUCGGGCGGCUUCAGCUCGCAUUUAUCGAGAAAUUCGCAUGGAACACUCAACAAAAUGGUGUUGAUCUUCCCGAAAUAUAUAUCCAGGAUCCCGUUUCUGGAGUGCGACAUGAGCUUGAGGAUUUAAGUGAUGUUAAAGAUCGAUCGGUCCUUGUGCUGAACAUCGAAGUUCUUGACGAAGUAAAACGCCAUUUCGAUGAUGGUAUUGGAAGUAUCCGUCGCCUGAUUGAAGGCGUGAAGAGUACAGUUGACAGCCAGGAGACCGCAAUGCAGCGCGUCUCAGAGAGGCAACUGGAUGCUGCCAAAGAAAUGGCGCGUCUAGCAGUCACGCCACAAAUCACACUCUCACCUAAUGCAGAUACUGCCAGGAAAGUAAAGUCGCCUGUACCUUACGAUGGUAGUCAGGUUGCUGAAAUUGAGAGUCUGCGACGUGACAUUGCUGUUUUGCGUCAAACAUAUUCCAACUUCUCAUCUGAUAUUGCGGCCUCUAUGAGCAAGAUUCGCGCCAAAGCAAGUGGCGUCAAGACAGCUGCAGCUGCAGCAACCACACCAUCAUUUGAAGGUGAUGCGGGACGUGCCCGUAUCAAUUCUGGAAAGAAAGAACUUGGUGAUGAAUCAGAAAGACUUGUUGGUCGGGUUGAUGAUCUUCAAGAUCUUGUUGAAGAUCUCAGAAAGGACGUUGUAUCACGUGGCGUGCGCCCACUUCCUCGUCAGCUGGAGGCUGUCAGUAAAGAUAUCGGCACGGUCACGAAGGAGGUUAAGAAGAUGCAAGACUUCCUCAAACGCGAGAAACCUAUUUGGACAAAGAUUUGGGAAAAGGAACUACAACUUGUUUGUGAGGAGCGUGAUCAACUUACCAUGCAGGAGGACUUGGCUGCCGACCUUGAGGAUGACUUGGAAAAGGCUGCUCAGACAUUUGCCCUUGUUGAGCAAGCUACCCGACAGCAAAACGUGCAAACCCCAGAUGGCGGACCUGUACUGCGCAGUACAUCUCGCAGUCUAGCCAUCGACCAGGGAGUGGACCCCAUGAAGGCAAAGGACGGAGUGCUUGGUGAGGUUCGUGCUCUUCAACCUAACCACGAGUCUCGUCUAGAGGCUAUUGAGCGCGCAGAAAAAGCUCGCCAGAAGGAAUUGGAGUCUCGACGAGUGGGUCUUUUCCAGAAAGAAUUGGGGUCAUUCGUGGAAGAAGGGAAGUUGAAGAAGAGCGGCGGGUUUGAAGAGACGGAGCGCUUGCGUCGGGCGAAGGAUGAGCGUAUUCGCAAGGAAGUAUGGGAACGUCAACAGGCUCGGGCUGCGGCGAUGGAAGACGCGGAAAAGGCAGCGCCUCAAGCAACCUCUCCAGAGGGAGAAAAGCGGCCCGAUGGAUCUCCUGAUGGUGAUUCAGGAACUGCCCAAGAGGACUCUUCAUUAGAACCUGCUGCCGAAACUACAGCAGAAAUCUCGACACCGACCGAACUGGACAACGGUCCAACGGAAGAAACCCCAGCUGAGCCCAAUGUUAUAUAG